ACCGCCGCGGCAGGACGGACGCGCAUCCUCGUCUGCCACUUCGCUCUCUGGUGCUUCACAUACAUUUCGUCUUUGCCAAACCACCCUUCGACAACGAUAUAGCUUACAUUUAAAAUAACAACAAGAAUAAUGACACCAACAGCAACCGUUUCGAGACGUUAUGAACAAGAAUUUCUCUCCCGUUGCCAAUAAGUAAAUCUCACGUGUUUUUCCCCCUCUCUUUCUCCCACGGAAGUAUCCUCGAUGUGCACAAAUAAAAGCAUUACCCACAUGGCAUCCCACGUGUCUCCAAAUACAUAGGUCGUCGUUAUCAAUCACUGGCUGUCCCUUUCUCCCCCUCCCUCCCUCCCCCCCAUCCCACACAACGACUUGUGAAGAGAGACUCCGUUAUUGUCCCAUAUAUCACGCACCAGAGACAAACAAAAUAUGUUCCGUAAAUAAGCAGACCGGGAGAUAAUGCAGAUAUCUAUCUAACCAACCGUUGCCAAGGAUUCCCGUACAUCAGAAACCAUGAAUAUCUGCAUGAGGUGGCUGUGGCGGUUGUGGCUCAGGUCGAGUUUCACCAAAUUCUUCUCCUUCUUGGUGGUGACGGCUGUCUGUGUGCAUCAGAUCCUCACCAACGACCCAUGGCUUCAUUCGAGGGACAGGAGCGACGAAGUGGGCCAGGAGGUGGAGACUCAAAGCGAGGAAUCCCAGGGCACCGUCGCCGCCGCCGUCGUCACCUCCACACGGGCCUCCGACGAUGUUCUCCACCCAGAGCCAUCGCUUGCUUCUUCAAGUGACUGGAUGGAGGUCGCGGGGUCCUCGAAGGAAGUGUUCGUGUACUCCGCCUACCUCGAUCGCCGGGGUCACUUGAACGUCGUCCGUGUUAUGGCCAUCAUCAUGAAGCGAAAGAAGGUGAACGAAUGCCAGGUGUGGAGUAGGAACAGCACCCAGCGCUUCCCGGCCAAAACGCGAGUAAUCCACGAAAAUUGGAAUCUGCCUUAUACAGCAGCUUUUAUCCUCUGCGAAAUCCCCGCCACCCUCGAGCCUACCCAUGCGAUGCCAGUCCUCAACGGCGAGGUCGAUAGGAGCUCUAGUCUGUCUGUCAAGGUGUUCCCCAAAGGGCCCCCAGUUGGGAACUUGAGUGUAUGCGUUAAACCCUUCCACUAUGAGUUCAAUAGAGCUGUGUGGUUGGUGGAGUUCAUCGAGUUCUAUCGGCUGCUCGGAACCGACCAGUUCAUAUUCUACAACCAUACGGUGGGCCCCGACGUGCAGGAGGUCCUCACCUUCUACCAGGACCUUGGGAUUGUCACAGUCCUCCCUUGGGCGCUGCCGGUCAAGUCCCAAAAACAGAUUAGGACAGAAGGGAUCUUCACUGCCCUAAAUGACUGUAAUCUCAGGUCGGUUGGUCGCUAUUCCCUCGCAGCCAUGGUGGACGUGGAUGAGUUUUUGGUGCCCAGGAAGCACAAUGGUCUGCCAGAAGUGGUACAGUCACUUGGAGAAUAUGAUGCUUAUAUCUUCCAAAAUGUGUUCUUUUACCUGUAUUGGGAGAACGACACGGCGGUGCACGACGCGCUCUACGGCCGCGAAGACGCCCUCGGGCCAGGCCUGUUUGGCGAAGAGGCCCUCGUGCCCUACCUCCUUACAGCAUAUAAGACGCGACGGCUUACCACGCCCCACAAACCGGGCCAGCGGUCUAAGUAUAUCGUCCGGCCGGAACACGUAGUGGAGGUCGGCAACCACGUCGUCUGGGAGCAUGUGGGUGCCAAGAAGGUGAAGAAUGUCCCCACAGACCUCGGCCUUUCCCACCACUACAGAAUCUGUGAAUUUGGAGGGUUCGACUGUCUCAAGCAACCAAACCAGGUAGACCGAAAGGCACACAAGUGGCUCCUCCCCCUGGCAAAAGAAGUGGCAUCCUCGUGCACCAAAAUUUUCCCUUCGCUCGGCAGGUGUCCUGAGGCUCCUCCACUCGGCUCCCCUUGGUGAAGUUUCGCAAGACACCUCUUCAAACUCCACGCACUCAUUCGUACACACUUUCGAGGCAUUCUCUUGUACACUCCUCUGUACACUCGUCAACUUCCCUGUGCCGCGUGUCACUGCUGGUUGACCAUAGUGUAGCUGGAUCUUGUGAUACAACCCUAGUGCCUGUAAAUCCAGCGUGAUUGCGUAAAAUACCUGUCUUCAAAAACAAUAUCAGUCUUGUGAUAAGACAUUAUUGCCUGGUUUAGUUUAAAAGAUUCCUUAUGAUAAAUCAUAUCGGCUUGAUAUCCUAUACCGAGGACCUGCGAUAAUGCGUUAGUCUUUAAGUACAACUCAGUGCCUUCUAUGUUAGUGCCUUCUAAUAUCAUGUGAUACAUGAUGAGAAAAGUUACAUAUAAUAUAUGUGCUUCUGAGACAUUUUGUAAUGCAUGCCCACAUGAUUGUGUGCAUGCAUUAUCAAUACUGGCUUUUAUGAGAGUAUAUGGAUAUGCAAAGAUGUACAUAUUCAUAGAUUUACAAUGAAUGUAUGGAUGUAUACAUGUACAUAUAUAUAAUAUAUAUAUAUAUAUAUGUAUUAUCUAUAUAUUAUGUAUAUAUAUGUGUUAUAUAUAUAGUGAAUAUAAAAUAUAGAUAUAUAUAUACGUUCAUAUUUUAUAUUGAUAUAGUUUAUUUAUUUCUGGAUGCCUAGAUAUUGUAUCUGUAUAAACCAUUACGUAUUUUCCUUGUUACUUUGGUAGAGAGAGCAGUGGCGCAGAUCCCAUACUUUCAUAGGCUAUCAUGUAGAUUAUGUAUAUUCCCAAGAGUUCCGUGCUUCCUAAAUCUCCAAAUCUUAUCAUAGGAGCCCGUGUUUAGUGCUAAUGGUUAACGUGACCAGGUUUUAAUAGCAAAAAAAAAAAAAAAUAGACAUGAGUGUGGCAACUAAUGAAAGUUACUGAAAUUUGAGAUCCUAUAUCUGUUACCCAAAGGGUGGUAGUGUUAAGCAGCUAAUAUGAUAACUAUUUUAUUUACCACAUUGUGAUAAUACUGUAAUGAGGUUUGUUUUUUCUUUCUUUUUUUACAAUUAAGGCAUACAUCGCCUCUUGAAAGUACUUCUCUUUACCGACAAAUUAUUUUUUUCCCUUGGAGAAUCGUUCAAGCAGUCUACGCUGAUUGGUCUCCCUUCUUCCAUAUCGUCUCUGCGGCUCUUCUGCCCACCGUGCCGGCUGUUUCCUCCAAUGUGCCAGCUGGUCCCUCCUGUGCACCAGCUGUUUCUUUCAGCGUUGUGGCUGCUCCCUCCUACAUAUUACCUACAGCGUGCUGACUGUUCCCUCUAACAUGUUAGCUGUUCCAUCUAGUGUACGAGCUGCUCCUUCCAGCAUACCAACUAUUUCCUCCAGCACACAAGUAGUUCUUUCCAGUGUGGCGGCUGAACCCUUUAGUAUACCGGCUGUUCCCUCCAGUGUACCGGCUGUGUCCCAGCGUACCGACUGUUCCCUCCAGCGUGCCUCACGAUGGAAGCAAUUAGGUCCGCGUAUGUGUACAUACCGUCCUGAUCAGUACAAUUUUUUUUCAGCGUGCUGGUAUGUGGCAAGACUUUAUGAUACUGUGGCGCCUAUUUCCUGCUUUAAUCAUAUUUUUGAUAAGAGGAAGUGUAAUAAGUGGACGUUUCAGGAAGCAGAUACAAAAUAUCACAGGGGUAUUUUUAAAAACUGAACGUCCAUACCAAGUCCUAUAUCUUUUAUCAAGGCGCCAUGUCGAAGUGUACAUGUGAGAAUGGCAGUCACCAAGAAGAUACUUGGCAAAGUCCAGUACAAUCAGUAUUUAUCCUGUUUUAAACGGGAACGUACCUUAUGUUCACUAAAUCAUAAAUUAACCAUAUAUUGUAAUACAAACUUCAUUAUUUUUGACAGACGUCGAGAUUGUAAGGAGAGUGUUUAAAAGGAACUGAAUAUUGUAUUACAAACAAGGAUUGUAUCUACACACACAGACGCACUCAUACACACACGCAUGCACAAAGACACACACAAACACACACAUAUAUGUAUGUGUGUGUGUGU